GCAGCCGAGAUUUGGAGAACGGAAGAGCAAACAAGAAUAGAAGUCCGAGGUGCGAUGGCAUCAGUGGCAGGACGUUUAGAGCAGCGCGAUUGGCCGUCGUUAGACACGGCGCACUUCUUGGCCGUUAGCGUCAUGUCGCGAGGCUAAUUUGGCCUUCUCCACCUGGAGGUACGAUAGCAUGCCUCUGGCGACCGCGAGCAUUGCCUGCUUCUCAUCUGACCACCCGACAACACUGUACGGGAAAGAACCCUCUCUAUUCGAUUAAAAUCCGCCGCGGUUGUACCAUCUUGAGAAGGCAGGUGCGGUCCAAUGCCCAAACGCUCGACAGGCUGUUUCGAGUGCCGGAAACGAAAAGUCCGCUGCGACGAGGGACGACCGGAAUGCAGUACCUGUCUUCGACGAGGCACCAAAUGCCCUGGAUAUCGCCCACUCCAAUCGUUCAUUCUGCAUAAGUUUGAAGAGCAGAAUGAGAGACCCUCACUUAUCAAGGAGGACGACAACCGCUACAGAUAUGCCAACCAGGAGACGCAAGAAGAGCCAACAUCAGCGGACUCAGAACGGGGAGUAGUCGAAUACCUGCAGCCACCAGGACGGAGGUCAUCCGGAGCGCCUGUGUUGCGGCAAGUCAGCCCGAUUGCGAUCGAGCGUGUACAGCACGUUGGGGAAUUGAUAUGGCUUUAUCUCCCCAGGUCGGAUGCGCAUACGUUGCCACCUCCUUCAGCACUGAUGCUCACGCUACCGCAACUUCCUGCCACGAGCGAUGUUCUCCUGGCUGCUGUCGAUGCUUUAUCCGCCGCACAACUUGCUGUGGCAAAUCGAGAUUAUAAUCUGGUCAAUAGAUCCCGAUCGCUCUAUGGGACCGCGCUGUCGAAGAUGAUGAGUACGAUACAGUAUCCGGACCGUGCAGUGGAAGAUGAAACGCUUCUCGCGACCUAUCUCCUGACUUUGUACGAAGUUUUCGUGGGCAUUACUAGCGGGCAUGGAUUCUUUUAUCACGUUCAGGGUCUGCUGCAUCUACUCAAGCAACGCGGACCCAAAUCCUUUGGCAACCGACUCAAUAUGCAAAUAUUCCAUGCGAUACGGUAUAAUUCGCUAAGCAUCGGCUACCACGUGCGCAAAGGCUCAAUGCUCGACUCAGACGAGUGGAUGGCCGUGACCGCCAAAGCCUCCAAAGUCGAUCCCUACGUCGGCCUGAUAGACAUCUGCAUCCGGAUACCGCGCGUCCUCGAGCGAACCGACAAGCUCAUCGCUGGAGAUGCAGAGUCCGCGAACCAGCUCAUCGAGGACUCCUUGGCACUCGCCGCCCAAGCCAAACAAUGGUUCGCCAACUUCGAAAAGCACGGCCCCAGAUACACCACCGUGGACGUAAACGAAAUCGCCGGCUUCUCCGACAUCUGUCCAGAUCGAACCUUUGACACGGCAUACAACUUCUACGCUUUCGGCGCCGGCAUCUGCUACAUGAUCUACUGGAUGUCGCUCCUCAUCCUGCAGUCCAACACCUUCAAGCUCCUACUGCAGCACCGCACACUCGAGCCCAAGGACAUGUACCUCUGGGACCGCGAGAUGGGCAGCUACGCCGACAGUAGCUGUCGGUGCGUGCCGUACAACUGCCGCACGGACGUUGGGUACGUGGGCCGUUUCGGCAGCCUGACACCGCUAGUGGUCGCGCGCAAGUACUUUGAGGCGAAGAAGAUGGAGAAGGAGAUCCGGUGGUGCGAGAAGGUGUAUGAGAAUGCGCGGAUUCCGGGGCUGUAUAGUACGCCGAUGCCGAUGGAACCGUUGAAGAGCAUGCAACGGUUGGUGCAGCAUAGUGAUCGGUAUAUUUAGGGGUGGGGGGAUGAAUAUAUAAGGUUACUAGGUGAGACUGAGAAGAUAUGCAGUCUUCUUCUUGGCAGAUCCUACCGCUCAUAAAUCCUCAUACUAGGAAACAACAGCAACUCCCGAUGAUCAUAACGACUCGCCCUCUUAUUCUCAAACGCCUCCCUGUACAGCGCAGCCCUAAGCGCCUUGACACUGAUCCUCUCCUCCGGCUUCGUCCUCAAGCAGCGCCCCACAAGCCCGUUCAACGCAUCACUAUACUCGGCCCCAGCCACCAGCCUUUCCCUGCCGCCCCUCGCCGGCCUCACAAACGCAAGAGGCCGGAAAGUCAGCCGACACAUGGCCACGAUAUUCAGCCCAAUC